AUGGAGACGCCUCAACAAUGCCUCUCUGACUUAGCCACAGUAAUUUCUAACCUCUCCAAAACCACUCAUAAUUUUAUACAAGAGACUCGGUCAUCAAUUAGGAACUUGGAGAUACAAGUGGGUCAGUUGAGCAAAAAGAUACCUGAGGGACCUUUCAACACUCUUCCAAGAAAUACAGAGGUAAAUCCAAGGGAAGAGUGCAAAGUCCUCACUAUGGGAAAAGAGGCCGAACCCAAGGAGGAGCAUGCUACUGAGGAUCUGAAGCAAAACAAGGCUCAAGAGGAGACUGUGAGUGCACUUAUGCACGCCCCAAUGAAGAUGAAAGAGCCUGAAGUACAACGCUCUCUGAACGUGCAAAAGAAGACUGAGGAUGAGCAAAUCGCUCAAUUCUUAGCAAUCUUCAAGAAGUUACAAAAUAAUAUUUCUUUUUCUGAGGUGUUGGAGAAGAAACCUUCCUAUAUGGUCUGUCUGAAAAAUGUAGUCUCUGAGAAAAAGGCCCUGAGGGGAGAUAAAACUGCAGUGCUGACCAAGGAAUGCAGUGCACUAAUGCAGAAGAAGCUACUCCAGAAAAUACCAGAUCCCCGAAGCUUUCUAAUUCCCUGUACUAUAGGAACCAUUACAUUUGAGAAGGCAUAUGCGACCUUGAAUCAAGCAUGA